GCCGGCUGAUGUUACGUUUUAUCUGUUUGACAAAAUGCUUAAGGUUUUUAAUUUUCGCCUUGGCUAUCGCUUGUAUUCAGUGAAAGCAGCUAAGAAAGAUGCUAAGAGAUAUACAGACACCAUCAACCUGCCAAAAACCAAGUUUCCCAACCGUCUGAGUUCAGCUAAAAGGGAGGAACAGGAGCGUUUGAUUUUGGAGAAGAAGAUCGCCGUUUCCUAUGAGUACCAGGAGAGGCAGCUGGCUGUGAAGGGGCAACCCACCUUUGUCCUCCACGAUGGACCGCCCUACGCCAAUGGACAACUCCACAUGGGACAUGCGGUCAACAAGAUCCUCAAGGACAUCACCUUGCGCCAACGAGUGGCUCAUGGCCAGCAGGUUAACUACAUUCCCGGCUGGGACUGCCAUGGCUUGCCCAUCGAACUGAAGGCCACCAGUGCGGCUCAUGGUCAAAAUGCUUUGGAAAUUAGAAAGAAGUCUCGCUCCUUUGCCUUGGAGGCCAUCAAAUCUCAGAAGGAGGAGUUUAGCAAAUGGGGCAUCCUGGCCGACUGGCAGAAGGACAAUAUCUACAUGACCUUUCAGCCAGAGUUUAUAGUCAAUCAGUUGCAAAUGUUCUAUAAUCUCUACGAAAAAGAACUGGUCUAUCGGGACUUGAAGCCUGUUUACUGGUCUCCUUCAUCCAGGACAGCCCUGGCUGAGGCGGAACUGGAAUAUGACCCCAAUCACAUAAGUCCCUCUGUCUAUGUGAGAUUUGCUCUGAAUGCAAGUGUUCUUAAUACUCAGAACAAGCAAAUAUAUGCUCUUGUGUGGACCACAACGCCUUGGACAUUGCCGAGCAAUCAAGCCAUUUGCUACAAUUCCUCCUUGGAGUAUGUUUUGGUUAGACUAUCGGAUCACAGCCCGGAUGAGCUGUACCUCAUGGCCUCAGCUCUUCUGCCAGACUUCGAGGGCAGCACCCAGUUGAAAUGUGAAAUAGUGGAGAAGGUGAAUGGGAACUCGUUGGACAAGCUCAGCUAUAGACAUCCCAUAGACAAGGAGCAGUCGAAUCUGCCCUUCUACGACGCAAGCCAUGUGCAGGAUACCAAGGGUACGGGAUUGGUGCACACAGCUCCUGCCCAUGGGCCCGAAGACUUCCUGGUUAGCCUGGCCAAGAAAAUACCCGUGAAAUGCCUGGUGAAUGAGGAGGGCACUUACACAAAGGAGGCCCCCGAGUUUCUACGCGGUAAAUCAGUACUGGAACAGGGAAAUCCCCUUGUGCUAGAACACAUAACCAACGAUGUUGUAUACUCUACCACGAUGGAGCACUCCUACCCCAUAGAUUGGCGCACAAAGCAGCCUGUGAUAAUUCGCGCCAGCGAGCAGUGGUUUAUCAAUACCGAGAAACUGAAGUCGUGUGCUGCCGACGCCCUGGAGCAGGUUGAAAUCUAUCCCCGAACCAACGCGGAGGCCAGCAAGAAGGCGUUGCUUACCCAGCUGCACAAGAGGCCAUAUUGGUGCAUCUCCAGGCAGCGGGCUUGGGGAGUUCCCAUACCCGUUUUCUACAGUCGGGAGACGGGAAAAGUGGUACUUAAUUCCGCUCUGAUUAACCACCUCUGCGAUCUGCUAGUCCAAGAAGGAUCCAUAGACUUCUGGUGGGCCAAGUCGGUGGAGGAACUAGUUCCCUCUAAUAUACUCAAGGAUUUGGGCUAUGAACCAAAGGAUCUCGUUAAGGGCAGCGACAUAUUGGACAUCUGGUUCGACUCGGGCAGCACUUGGUCUGCGGUACUAAAGAAGGAUAAGGUGGCCGAUCUUUACUUGGAGGGCUAUGACCAGUUCACCGGAUGGUUUCAGUCUUCCCUGCUGAUGAGCAUUGCUGCCCGGGGAAUUGCUCCCUACAAGGCACUCUUUGUCCAUGGCUUUACAGUGGACGAGAAAGGCCACAAGAUGUCUAAAUCGCUGGGGAAUGUCAUUUCCCCAAAGCAGAUUACCAAAAAGUACGGGACAGAUGCCCUACGCUGGUGGGUGGCCUCCCAUGGAACCCAACACAUGUCCAUCACGGUCAGCGACAAGUUGCUGCAACAGGCGGCCGAGAGCCUGAGCAAGGUUCGUGGCACCCUGAGGUAUCUAAAGGGUGUAAUUGGAGAGAGACAAACGGACAAGGAACUAGCUACUUCCGAUAAGAGCUAUCUUAAUCGCUUUUUGCUGAGCCAGUUGGUUGAGUUCCAAGCUGAGGUGGAUCAGCUCUAUAAGGCAUACGAGUACAAUCGCGUUGUGGCCUGUGUUCAAAACUUCCUGGCUAACCAGGUGUCCGCCAUCUAUGUGCAUCUGAUCAAGGAUCGCCUUUACUGUGGCGACGACCAGGAGCAGCUGGCCAUUCGUCAGACGCUGACCCACUGCUACGAACAGCUCUGCAAGAGCCUGUGGCCCAUUGUUCCCUUCCUGGUGGAGGAAAGCUGGAGCUACUACGACCUUAAAGGAGGAGCAUUCCAUGAGCAGAAAGUUCAAGCUAAACAAGAAUGGAAAGACCCUGAAGCCACUGAGGUGGUAAACGCAGCUCUUGAAGUGAAACGUCUGAUUAACCAGCAGGCUGGGGAGGUCAACACCUGGCACUUGGCGGUGACCAUCAAGGGCAGUAAGCUAGAUCGGCUACUGAAACUUCAAAAGACUCUUGGUGAAACUGUCAGCAAUUCGGAACUAUGCGAGCUACUGCAAGUGGGUUCAGUUACUCUCCAACAGUCUGACAAUCCCGGCUUGGACCUAGUCCUAACUACACUCCAGACAUCGCUGUGCCCACGUUGUCGUCGUUACAGUCUGGAGGAGAAUUCAGAGCAGGAGACCUGCCAACGUUGCUCUGUAAUAUUGGAAGCAAGAAACUAAUAGUUAGAAUAUGUUGUUUUUUAGGUCUAAGGAAUACAUUUAUGUUUUUAAAAACUC